AUGCCGAUCCGAUUGAUUGUUGCGGAGUCUGAUUUCUACGGCCUAAACAUGGCCGACGUCGCGCCGCUGGCGUACGCAGCGAACCCGAUCACUGAGCCCGCGCUUAUUCUCCUUGGAGAGAGUUUUGACCGACUUAUCGAGUGCGCGCACCGUUCUAUCCGCGAGGAUAAGAUUAGCGUCUUCGACCAGGCACAGAUUAACAGCUUCAUCUCCGGCCGUUCAGGCAGGCACGAUCGUAUGCUCAUGGUCAAACUAGCCAAGAAGCAGCUCUCGCCCCUCCAGCGCCUAUCACGAAGUAACGCGUCACUUACAGAGGAAGCAGGAGUAGAAGAGAUAGUCCGCGACCUAGACAGGGCCUGUCUGCUCCUCUGUAUUGCUCUGCUCGACCACACGCUCCAAGGCGACCAUUUUGAGAGUGUAGUAUUGAGCUUUCUUGCUGUUCUAGGUAUUGACGGGAGCUCUGGUGGCGUCUUCCGCGGCCCGCUUAGCUAUUCCCCUGAUCUCUCCAAGUUUGUCAAAAUGGCGCAGAUGCUUGUUGUACAACGAUCAGUAGUAGCUGCAGAAGACGGCGAGGUGGAACACCCCUCCUACAUGCUAGACGAGAUGAGGGAGCGGUUCAUGGUUCGAGGAUCUCGCACAGCCUUUGACUGGGCGUGCCGCUUGCGAUCGUACGCAAAAAAAGUAGUAAGCAACACGACGUCGCUUGGCUACAUCGCCUGGUCAGAGGAUGGAAGCUUAGUCACGUACAAGGACACAGGCUUCAGCAUGGACGCGCUUCGCAAAUUUAUUGCCGUUCAGGUUAAAAAAGCCCAGCAAGAGCUAGAAGAUCUGCUUCUACUCCAUCCUGAAGAAGCUCGCGACGAUAUUGUGCCACCGGUCUAUCUCUAUCGCCUCCAAGAUAACCACAGCAACGGGCAAAAAGGCUGGAACUUCCUGAAAGACCAGCGCAAUGCGGAUCAGCUCCAGGAGGGUGGCGAUAGAUGGUUGCUUAAUAGAGUUCUUGAGAACAGACUCCGCAACAAUCAAUCGAUCGACAUGAUUGAUUCCUAUAUAGGUUAA